CACCCCGAAAAUGUUCACACAGGUCGUCUUCUUGCACGUUUAAUUACAUUUGCCUGAGUUAUUUCAGGAACAUAUUGAAAUGUAGGCAGAAACAAAGUUCCUUGGAUCGUUAUUUUUCAGAGGCCAUUAGUGAGUCAAAGUGAAGGUCAAAGUGAUCCGGAAAAACAGAGAAGGGAAGAAUUUGAUGAAAAUUAGAAACUGGAAAAAGAAAAAUUUAUUUAAGUUUUGUGUUAAUUGUGUUAAUUGAUGAAAUUUAGAAACUGAAAAAAAAUUUUGAUAAUUUUAAGUGUUUCGUAAAGUUAAGUGUUAAUGUUUCGUGCCAUUUUCUAUAUUUUCUGCUGUUUGCCCUCCUCCUCUGCUGCCACUUUCACUUUCGGACAUUGCCUCACUCGAAAGGUAAGGUUCCACAUUUUAUGUUCUAUUAUCUACUUCAUUUACAGGUAUUAAUGGUUAGGUUAGGUAUAUUGAUUGAUUCAAAUGUAUUUGGCUCUUAUUACAUUCUGGUUUUACCAUUAUUAUAAAAUUUAAUGUGGUGGUGUUUUCGUAGGGCUUGGAACGAAUUAGGCGAUUUACAUGUAAAACACGACUCAUUAUAUGAAAAAAUCUUGAUACGAGAGCCACUCUGGAACGAAUUAAUUUCAUAUCUCGAGGUACCACUGUAUUUUAUGUAUUCAACAUUUAAGCCAUUAUUUUUAUUAACUCUUAACCUUAAGUUCACAUAUCCUUUUAAUUACACAUACUUAACUCAGCAUUAAUGAUGAAAAUUUAAGUUCACAUAUCCUUUUAGUCAUACAUACAUAACACAUUUAACACCAAACACAAAAACACAUAGAGCAUUUAUUAUGCUUUAGCUUAUUGUAAUUAUCUUUAUCAUAAUUUGCCUAAACAUCUAUUGAAAAAAGAUACUACAGGUUAUGAACAAAGCAGCCAGGAUUAUCAAACAUUUACCAUCAUGUGUGAUAAUUAAACCCACUUUGAUAGACCUUCAUUGGCUGCCUGUACAUUAUAGUGUAGGGGCUGAGUACACGAAUGAUCUGCCCCCCUCACCCUGUAAUAUAUCUAGGUUGAAAAAGUCUGUGUUCAUCACCGGCAUGUCAGAAUUUCCAUGUUAGUUUCCACUUCAUCUUUUUUUUAACAUAGAUCUUUUUUUCAGGUUUUCCUGUCCUUAAAGCCUAGUAGAUAAGUGUACAUAUUUUAUAGGCUAUUCUAGCCUUCACAGGUAACCAAUGUAGGUCACAUUUGAUAUCACAUGUGAUAGUAAAUGUUUGAUAACCAGAAGUGUGUGUGUAUGUAAUAAUAAUAAUUAAAAGUGUAUUUAAACAUUAGCUGCUCAGGAGCUAAAAAUAUAUUUUUUACAGGGAGAAAUAUCGUAAUAUUACAUACUUAAAAAUUUAAAAUUACACUCUCAAAAUUAAACAAAUACAGUCAGUGUUCAUGAGUUGAGUAUUUUCACUAUUGUGGCUAUUGCACUGUUUUUGUAUCUGUCUGUCUGGGCACAUAUCAGGAGAAGCUUGUUGUGGGAGUCAGACACUGUGGCGAGGAGGGGUAGCUGUUGCAUGGAGCAGGUUUCUGUGGUGCGGGUGAUGGAGAAGCUUUGUGGCAUACUGGUGGAGUAGGUGUUGGUGGUGAGCCUCAAGGGCAGUGAGGUGCAAGAUGUGGAGAGUGUGUGUAAAUUUUGUUCUGAAAUUUAUAUACAGUAAAGGGCCCCACACACGCUCAGGCGGCCAGAGAGGCCGCCUAAUGUCACCCACACACUAUUCAGUCCUGCCUCAAGGCCACUCUUAGUUCUAGAGAGACACUGCGGAGUGAAGAUCAUGGCAUCUCCCCUAGAUAAGGAGGAAUUGGAUUUACUUGCGGCUGCAGCUGUAGCGGCGACGUUAUUACAGAAGACCAAGAAGAGGAGAAAGAGGAGAGUAUGGACCAAGGAGUGGCUGCUGAAAAGGGAUGGACUGUCACAUUUGAAGUUACUGGAGGGGCUGAGAUUAGAACCAGUAGAUUGGCUCAUUUAUCUUAGGAUGGUAAGGAGGGGGAGCCGAAUUUCGACAACGCUCGUCACCGUGCACAAAAUGGGAAAAAAUAUCGAAAACACUGGCGUUGGCUUAGCGGUGCACCGCUGAAGCCAGCGUUGCUUUAGCGUUUGUUAAGCGGUAGCGAGCUUUGGUUUAGCGGUGACGCGAGCGUUGGUAUAGCAGCAUUCUGCGCAUGUGGGCUUUAAAUAGCAGCAGCGUUGGUUUAGCGGCAUGCCACUUGUGACUACGGAGCUGAACGGAUCAUUUUGAUACAAGUUCUGAUUUUAUAGAAGUUGAUAGUUGAAAGUUCAUGCCACGUGGACAAAAGAAGAGGAAGGGUGGAGAAGGAAAGGCAGCAGCUUCCAAGAAGAUCAUUAAUGAGCAGGCAGCUAAAGCAAGGGAGUCAGAGACCAGUCAGGCCACAACAGCAGCCACUGCUAGCACAGCCAGUGAUACCACAGCCACUGCUACCACAGCCCAGGCAGGAGCAGCUGCUGAUGAAGAUGUUCAUGCCACCAAGUUUGACUUCAUCUGUGAUGGUGUCACUGCAAGGUCACAACAAAAUCCUGAGUCCCCUGAAUGCAGUUCAAAUCCCACCAAAAGACAAAAUGCUAUCAUAAUAGCAAAAGAGGACCAUGCUGUAAACAAACUACAAGUUGUGAAGGUAAUCAAAGGGGAUCCUUCUAAGGCACAGCACAGAAAGGACCCUGUGAUAAUCAAGGUUUCUGUAGCUCCAAAGAGUGAAGGUAGCGAGAUAAUUAUGGCAACUCCUUGUAAAGUCAUCCUGGCUUAUGCAAAUAGUGCUGGCAGCUCUAAAGACCACAGUAAACAUACCAUAACCUUGGGUCCAGUACCUUCACCUGGAUCAGAUGUAGACACCGAUGCAUCACCAAAGGCCAACCAGCAGAAAAAUGUUGCAGAUCCAAUGGUACAAGACAAUUAUAAGAAGUGUGCUCCUGUCAAUAAAAUAAGUCCCAAAAAAGAUGCUGCGAUGGUCUCCAGACACACUGUACAAUCAAGACAAAAGCAGAAAGAACAUUGUAAUACAAGAUAUGCUGCAAAUCAGCACUAUGCUAAGAUGAUGGCUUUUAAAAUGAAAGAGCUUGAAAUGAAAAAGAAAAUUUUGGAACAUCAGUUGCUGAUCAUAGAAAAAGAGAAAGAAAAAUACAAACUUAUGGCAGAGUUAACAAGCAAAUCAGCAGAGACUUUCUCAACAGUUGGAAGCACAAUGAAGUUAGUUGAAGUAAAAAAGAGAAAGAAAACUUGAAUACAAGAGUAUAAUUAAUAAUUACUAUUUGUCACAAUUAGGAAGUAAUUUACAAAUUGUGUGAUUUUUCUUUAAAUGCAGUUUGUUUUCUUUAUGGUACUGAAAAGAUAAAGAUGUUACAAUAAAACCUCCAAAGUCAACAAGGCAACUAAAUAUUCAGUUAGAACAAAAAAAAAAAAAAAAUAAAUAAUUUUGCAGCAUGAUGAAUAAAGGAAGUCAAGCCUCAGUAAACUGAACAUAAUCUGUGCAGUAAUGAUUAUUACUUAGGUAAUGUCAAGAUGCUAAGAAAGGCUGUUGGCUUUGAUUUAGUUGAAGAUCAGGAAGUUUAUGGUUUCAUUUUACAAUAUGAUGUGCUCUUGUUUCUCAUUUUUUUUUUUUUAUACUAUGUAGUCUUUCUUCUAUUAUAUUAUUACUAUUAUCAGGAAAGAUCUCACCAAUAAUUCAGUCUUAUUUUUUUUUUUUUUUUUUUCUUUUUUUUAUGGUCAUAACAUUUUAUUCUAUUUUAUUUUUUAAAAUAUUGAUUUGGAAAUUACACAAAGUGGAGGAGUGUAAUAAACAGAUUGUGGUGUGUCUUUAGAGAUACUUGAUGGAAAUAAUAGACAUUAAGUUUAUGACCAUAGUUUCUUUUACUGUGCACAUUUUUCCAGGGUUGUAUAGUUAAUGUGCCUCAUGAGCUUGUGCAAGAUCUCAUCUCUUCUACAUCAUCUGUAGAUCUUCUUUGGUCUUUCCACUAUUGUUCUUGUAACUACCUUUAAGUCUAACUCUUUUGAAUGUAUAGCCCACCUUCUCUUUUCUCUCUUCAUAUGUACCUAUACUACUUCAGUCUACACCCUACACUUUCACCACAUCUUUCACUCCAUCUUGUCAUCAGAUUUAUUGUAGUUGUAUUAUCAUAUUACAUUUCCAUAGAACAGAAGAUAUCUACUUUUUAUAACAUUUUUGUAAUUGUAAGUAUUGUACAUUGUUAUUUUUUUUUUAGAGAUUGUGCAUUGAAGAAAUGCCUGUGAGAUUAAUGAAACAAUGUUUUUA